AUGUUGCCUUUAGCACCCGAAUCCUUCAUCUACAAACGCUGGGUGACAACGCCUACGCCCGUAUACACAACAUUUUAUCUAUUCAAUUGGACAAAUCCUCAGGAUAUUAAUAACGAAGAGGUAAAACCGAACUUUGAGCAAUUGGGGCCGUACACCUUCAGCGACUUCAAGGUAAAGGAAGGCUUGAUGUGGCACCAACAGCGACCCGAAGUCACCUACUACGGUCGACGUACGUGGCAUUUUUUACCGGAGCGUUCGAAGGGUCAGCUAGAUGAUAUUGUUGUGACCCCGCAUUUUCCCACAGUGACAGCUGCUGGCUAUGCACGCAAAUAUCGCAAGAUCCUGCGCAAGAUCAUGAACUAUGCGCUAAAUCGUGAGGGCGGAGCCUAUUUAUUUCGCCACACAGCGGCCGAAUGGAUGUUCGAUGGCUUCUACGAUAGUCUUAUAGAUUUUGCGGAACGACUGCACUCUCCACUAGUGCCCAUCUACAGUGAUCAUUUUGCCUGGCUCUAUCAGCGCAAUAACUCCAAAAACGCCGAGGGAAACUUCACCAUUCACACGGGUCGUGGCGAUCUCAGGCAAAUGGGUGAUCUGAAAAUGUGGAACGGGACCACACACACCGGCCUAUAUGCUGGGGAAUGUGGGAAGGUGAAUGGCAGCACAGGCGAGUUGUGGGCGCCAGAUCGGCAAUGGCAUGAAACCCUCUCUAUAUUUAUACCAGAUGUGGCGCGUUUUAUAAACAUGUAUAGCAGAAAGAAUGUGAGUGUGGAGGGCAUAGAUGCGUGGCGCUACGAAACAACCGAACUUAGCUUCGACAAUGGCCAAUUGGCGCCAGACACAGAAUGCUUUUGCGUGCCCAAUCGUGAGUGCCCCAAAAAUGGUGUGGUCGACUUUUCACCGGUGAGUUAUCACGGUCCCUUCUAUCUGUCCCAUCCACACUUUUAUAUGACGGAUGAAAUGUAUCGAGAGAACAUAACAGGCCUACAACCAGAUGCCGAGAAACAUGGCAUGUAUUUAAUAAUGGAACCCACUCUCGGUAUACCCUUAAGAUUGAAUGGGCAAAUGAUGAUUAGUGUGAGAGUGCAACGCGAUGAAGCUAUCGACUACCUGAAAGAUGUAGCAUACGAUCACUAUGCACCAUUACUUGUGCUGCAAAUGCAGGCUGAGCUGAACGACGAACUUAUCAGUCUGAUAAAACUCACUUUAAGUAUACCCCAUAUAGGGCAAUAUGUUGGCAUAGCUUUUCUAAUCAUAGGCCUGACCAUGCUAACUGUGGGCGUGGUGCUCAACAAAAAGCACAAAUGGCACAACGAAGUGCCACCCAAGACCGUUGAUAAAACAAACAAGCCCAAUGCGGACUGA